AAGGUCACACUGUACCAGCUGGGUCUGAUCUUUCCAAAGCUGGGCUCCUAAUGUGAUUCUCUUUCCAGCCCUACUAGGUGAUGGGCAGGGAAGGCUGUGGAAUGUGGAAAAGGGAGCCUAACUGGAUGUCAGGUCCUCUGACGAGAGAAAAGAAAAUACCACAAAUGUGCUUGCUUUUUUUUUUUUUUUUUUUUUAAUUUUAACCUUGUGUCUACACCCUCUUCUCUCUCCCUCGAUGUCACCACAUCUCUCUCAACUUCUGGAGAGGGGUUUGGCACCUUGGUUACACCAAUCCUCUUUUCCUUCCUUCUUUUUUUCUUUCUUCCUUUAAGAUUUAUUUAUUUAUUUAUUCAUUCAUUCAUUUAUUUAUUUAUUUAUUUAUUUAUUUAUCGCUGUCUUCAGACACACCAUAAGAGGGCAUCAGAUCCCAUUACAGAUGGUUGUGAGCCACCAUGUGGUUGCUGGGAUUUGAACUCAGGACCUCUGGAAGAGCAGUCAGUGCUCUUAACCUCUGAGCCACCUCUCCAGCCCACCAAUCCUCUUUUCAUUAAUCCUCAGCUAUUACCUCCAGGUUAGUGCUAGUUCUGAAGCCACAAAGAUGGGCCUCAUGGCGGAAGCAGACUCCGUGCUCCCCUUCCUGCACUGGCUCUGACUCUGUUUUGAUGGGACUUGACUUCCUUCAAGUAUAGAACAAGGGCUGAGGGGAUAAUGUCCAGGCUAGCCCUGACUUGCACCUUUAAGGUCUCAGCCCCAUGGGGGCCUGAGUGUCAUUUGAAUUACUUUUCCCACCCUACGGACCUUCAGUUUCUAUCUUGCCAUUUUCCUUAGUUUGUGUGUUUGUUUUGUUUUGUUUGUUUUUGAGACAGGGUCUCAUUAUGUGGCUUUGGCUGUCCCGGAACUCAUUACAUAGACCAUCAGUCUUGCCUCAAACACAGAGAUCUGCCUACCUCUGCCUUCUAAGUGCUGGGAUGAAAGGUGGACUUACAGCCAGCUGGACUCAGUUUCUUCAUCUAUAUGAUGGGUAUAAAUACUAGCUUCGCCAGAUAUUUGGAAGCUGAAUGACACAUCGGCUUGGGGACAUGGGGUGCUGAGUAUAGCCCCCCUCCAUGAUAGAGAAACCCAUGUCCCUUGGGGGACACAUGAUGCCUUCUGGGUCUCUAGGUGGUCAUACUCCAAGAAUAGAAGGGCUGUAGACCUGGCCCUCUGAGCCAUUUUCUGCUUAUUUGGGGAUCUUAUCUUUCAAAUCCCCAGUGCCAUCCCUGCUCCAGGUUGUUUUCAGGUCCUACUCUGGCUGUGUGUCCCCAACCAUAAGACAGGAGUAUUGGUGCUGGACCAGAUCUGCGCUGGAAGUUGCAGGGGUCCUGUGGAGCCUUUGGAGUAUGACAAGGGGCUUUCUGAGAACCGGGACUUGCAAAGAGCACCAGAAUCAACCUUCUUUUCCCAGAAGAUUUGGGAACUCCCAGGGUGGGCCCCAGAGCCCCAGCCCUGUCUUGGCCUCUUCCACCCGCCCUAGCUGAGGUCCAUGGCCUCUUGCCAAUCUCAUAGACUUGGGUGUGGUAGCUGCAACUGGGUUAGGAGAGCAAGGACAGGUUAUGGAGGUCUCCUCUAAGUCCCUGCACUCUCUUCUGGCUCCAAAGGAGACACAGCUUCCUCUUGACCUCCCUCCUCCAUCCCCACCCUCACAGCCCAAGGCAUCACAGAUCUAUCUUUCCAGGCCAGCCCUGGGGCAGGUGACUGGACAACGCUGAGGACAGGCUGAGUGGAGGCGUGGGCCCAGCAAUGCAUCCCUCAGCCAAUCAGCAGCCUGCCCAGCCGGUGGAUUCGGUUACAAGCCCAAUAUCACCCCACACACCAGCCUUCCUCCUCCUCCUCCUGCAGCUCCAUUCAUUGGCCCCGACACCCAGGGUCUGCUGGGCAUCGCUUCCGCUCCAGCCUCAGCAGCUGCCUCGUGGGCAGCCAAAGGCAGGCAUCCAGGGGGCUUUGUCUGACCAGGCUGGGCUAGGAUAGAAUGGGGGUCCUGGGGAUACUUCUGGGGGUGCUGGCUUUCCUGGGGGUUGUUCCAGAAGGCUCCCAUACCCUCCAUUGGGACAGUACCUCCUGCCAUUUGGUCCGGUCCAUCUCUGGUAGCCCUCUGGGCUCCCUGAGCUUCUUGGGCGAAGAUGCCCAAGGCCUGGCAUUAUUCCAGGCCCUCUGGGAUGCGCACCACAGGCUGCAGGUUUGUAUCAGGCAGGAUGAAUCCGAGCUCAUCGCAGCCUUCAGGGCUCUCUGUGCUCAUGAGCCCUUGCGGCACGCCUUCAUCCACACCCCUGGACCAGAGCUGCAGAGAGCACUGGCCACUCUGCAGAGCCAGUGGGAGGCCUGCCGAAGGUCUGAGGCUAGUCCCACGGGAGCCAGGGAGAAGCGAGAAACAGAGCACCGCGGAGCACCUGCCGGAGAGCACCAACGAAGGAGAAGAGGCUGGACCAUUCCUGGCACGCUGUGGUGCGGUGUUGGGAACUCUGCUGAGAAUGCCUCAGAACUGGGUAUGUUCCACGGCCCUGAUUUCUGCUGCCGGGAGCACGACCAGUGCCCACAAACCAUCUCACCCUUGCAGUAUAAUUACGGCAUCCGAAACUUCCGAUUCCACACCAUCUCUCACUGCGACUGUGAUGCCAGGUGCAGGACAUAUGGCUCCUUACCCCUUGCUCACCUGCAGCCCAGGACUUACUACAACGCCUCCUGGAAGGCUGAAGCCACCCCACUUACUCCCAGCCCCCAAAGCCCAGCACCCAGCUGGAAGAGGGGCCCACAGCAGACACCAGCCAGACACCACAGCACAACCACCGUCACUCCCCUCCAGACCCCUGCCAUCUCCUCCAGACCUGAUAUGAUGAUCCCGAGAGGCCAGCCAGGAGUCUCCCAUCCCGGCCUCCAGGAUGGCCCAAAACGUCAAGGUGCCCACCGUGUCUGUCGAAGCCUUCGCCACCUGGAUCAGUGCGAGCACCAGAUCAAGCCCCAGGAAACCAAGUUCCACCUGCUCAACAGCGCCCAGACGCCCCUUUUCCAUUGCAAUUGCACCCGCCGUCUGGCACGUUUCCUGAGGCACCACAGCCUGCCUGCAAACACCAACAAGGUUUGGGAGCUCCUGGGUACUACCUGCUUCAAGCUGGCCCCACAACUCAACUGUCCUGAGGGCAAAGGCUGUUCCAGAGACCAUAGGGCCAUCAAGGUGUCAGCUCGGCAUUUGCAGAGGCUUCAUCAGAAUGGACUCCAUUUCUGGGAUAAAGGCACCGGGGAGGUUCUGGCACAGCCUUUGGAGCCCCCGGGGACCCUCAUGUCAUUCUACAGCCAAUGUCUGCAACUAACCCAGGCAAUCUGGAGACCCGGGGGACAGAAGAAAUUCUGGAGCUCAUGACCUCAGUUUCACCAGCCUGGACCUCCUUCCUGCUGUUGCUAUGUCCUGAGAGACUUGGUCUGUUCUUCGAGGAACAGCAUGGCUCUCAUAGAUUACAGGAGGCUUGGUGGAAGGAAGCUUAACGUCCGAAUGUUGGACCACAUCUCCUGCUGUACUGGGUGACCUUGAACUGGUGACACAACCCCUCUGUGUCUGGAUGUGCUGUUCAGAGUCUAUUCUGAUGCCUUGGGCUUAGACCUUGUCAGGUAACUUCAGACACAGAUAGAAUGGGGGGAGUGGCUGAUUGCAGGAGUCCAGGAGGUACCAGAAGCAGGUACCUGGGUGUCUCUGUCACUAGACCUGCCUCUCUGAGUCCAGCAUUUGACAGUGAGGCCUAAAGCUGCAGGUGAGAAACCAAGGAUACAAAAGAAAGGCUUGUUCUUGAAUCCAGGGUGUGCAGCGCGUUCCCACAUUCUCCCCCUUCUUUUAAUAGUUUCUGGGUCCUUCCUGGCCUGAACUAAUCUUUCUGUUCUAACUCUAAAUUGAAAUCUUUUCCAUGCCCAUGAGGAGUUAGGGCAAGGGACCUCCCUCCUCCACGCUGAGCCUUAGUUCCCUCCUCUGAAAAAGAGGGUAGGGGUGUCCUUAUCGUGUGUCUGUCUGAGUGGGGGUCUCACUAUAGCCCAGGCUAGCUUCUGCUAUGUAUAGGAAUACAGCCUUGAACUUCUGGUCCACUUUCCUCUACCUCCAAAGUGCUGGAAUUGCAGGCAUACACCACCACACCAAGUUUUUAGGUGAUACUGGGGAGGGAAACCGGAGUGUCAACGCUUCAACCUGCUCAAAGCAUGCUCCCGACUAAAUUACACCCCCAGCUUGAAAGGGGAACUUGUAAACAUGAACUACCUCAUAGGGGUGCUGAGGAAUAAAUGAAUUAAUAAAUACGCAUACGCUCAGUAAACAUUCUUUUCCUCUAA